ACUUGCUCACAUGCAUGGCGUUUAAUGAAGUUGGGUAUGGCCUGCGCGGCCGGCCAUACUGUUUGAUGAAGAUGACGGGCAAGCCAUGGAGUGGAUGGAUGGUCCUGUCCCUCCCGUGCCGAGCGGCCGUGUCCUCUCCGUCCUGGUCCUCUGUUACCGUCCUCUGGUGGCGAGCAGAGCAGGGCAGGAGCUAUGCCCGCCGGGCGGCUCGCCUCGUGACCGGCGGCAGCAUCUGCUUCUCGUGUCCGGCUGACGCGGUCACACGCCCAUACGCAAACAAGCCGGGGCUCUCUCGUCUUGUGAAACAGAAACCGGCGCUUGGCCGCUUCCUUCGCGCCAACCCCGCCGCCCGCCCACAAAUACCGCCUGCCACGCCAUUCGCGCUCCAUCAUCCAUCCACCAGUCUCUCCCCUCCGUCCGUCUUCUCAGGCAGGCAGGCAGGCAGGCAGGCGUCGCCUUCAUCCCUCCUCUUCCCCUACCCACCGGCGCCGGCGCCGGUUCAUUCAGAUCACCCACGCGCGCACCAGAUCAGAGUCGGGUACGCCGUCUCUGUUGGUUCCAUCUUGAUCCGUCAAUUCACGCGCGCCCCAACCCAACUAGCUCUUUCGUUCGUUCCAUCCCAAUCCCGUCGCGAGGAUCGAGGGACCGCAGAGAAACGCAAGGCGCGCGCCGCCGUCGUCCGGCCCUCCCUUGGAUGGUCGCUGGAGCUGCAGGCGCGCACGUACCUACACUACAGCGAGCCGCCCAUGGAGUUCGGGCCCGAGUUCCUGGGCACCAGCGGCGGCCGCGAGUUCGUGGCCGGCGGGGUCGGCGGCAUGGCCGGCGUGCUGGCGGGCCACCCGCUCGACACGCUCCGCAUCCGCCUGCAGCAGCCGCCGCCGCCCCUCAGCCCCGGGAUCGUCGACGCCCCCAGCCGCCCGCCCUCCGCCGCGCGCCUGCUCCGCGGCAUCCUCCGCGCCGAGGGCCCCUCCGCGCUCUACCGCGGCAUGGCCGCGCCACUCGCCUCCGUCGCCUUCCAGAAUGCCAUGGUGUUCCAAGUCUACGCCAUCCUGUCGCGGUCGCUCGGCCAGGAGAGCUCCACCUCCGAGCCUCCUUCCUACGCGAGCGUGGCCGUCGCCGGCGUCGGCACGGGGGCGCUGCAGACGCUCAUCCUGUCCCCCGUCGAGCUCGUCAAGAUCAGGCUGCAGCUGGAGGCGGCGGGGCACAAGCACCGCCGCCCCGGCGACCACCACGGCCCCGUGGACAUGGCCCGCGACAUCCUCCGCAGGGAGGGCCUCCGCGGCAUCUACCGCGGCCUCACGGUGACCGCGCUCCGCGACGCGCCGGCGCACGGCGUCUACUUCUGGACCUACGAGUACGCCCGGGAGCGCCUGCACCCGGGCUGCCGGCGCGCCGGCGGCCAGAGCCUGGCCACGAUGCUCGUGUCCGGCGGCCUCGCCGGCGUCGCCAGCUGGGUCUGCUGCUACCCGCUGGACGUGGUCAAGUCGCGGCUGCAGGCGCAGGCGCUCCCGGCCGCCAGGUACCGCGGCGUCGUCGACUGCUUCCGGAGGAGCGUCCGGGAGGAGGGGCUCCCCGUGCUGUGGCGCGGCCUGGGCACCGCCGUGGCGCGGGCGUUCGUCGUCAACGGUGCCAUCUUCUCGGCCUACGAGCUGGCUCUGCGCUUCUUGGCCACCGGCAACGGCCAGAGGAUGGUCAUGGAGGAGAACUGAACCGAGCCGUGCCGGAUUAUUGGACACAGUACUUCAUUCAUGCUACCAUUGACGAUGCAACUGCGUCCACUAGUAAGAUCAUCGGAGCUGCUUGCAGCGGCGUGCCUGCUGCGUUGUACUACAUAGGCUAUAGUAGUAUCCAUUGGGGUUUGGGAGUCAUGCCAUUUCAGUGAGCGGAGAUGCAGAGUAUCAUAGCUGCAACGUUCAUACAAAUUGAAGCAUGCAUGGCUGCCUCUUGAUGAUUGCGAUCAAUUCCCUAAUAUCUGGGGAAAUAUAAUGUACAUAUGACAUAUCUUGGUGUUUAGCUAGCUAUUACAGAUACAUGAACAUCAGCGAGACAAUGUUCACAUAGGGUGUGUUUAGUUGGUGAAAAGUUUGGAUUUGGGUAUUGUAGCA